UUUAAAUACAUAAAUAGAACAAUUUUGCUUUGCUAAAGCACACUUCCAAAUUUGAACUUGAAGAAAUAUUAUCCUUUCUGAGAAAUUGUUGAGAGGAACAAAUGAAAUGAGGGUUUUGUAUUUGGUGGCUGUACCCAUUUGGUUUUUUAGCUGCCCUCUAUUUUCUUCCUCGGUUCAUCCCCCUUUGGGCAAUCCCAUUUUUGACAAUGGUCAAGGUUCUGCCAACUCAAUAGCUCAUUCUCCAGAGAUCAAAGUAGUCCACCACCAUGAUUUAAGCAAGAAAGUUCUUGUUCCUGUUGUUGUGGCCUCAUCUCUUGUGGGUGGAAUUUUGCUGCUAUUAUCUUGUUUUACUAUCUACAGACUGAAAAGGCUAAGAACAUACAGUAAUGCCACAAAUGAUAUAAACUCAGGUUCCGCUAAAGGGAUAUCACUAAUUCCAUUCCCGGAUAACUAUCGUUAUUCGAAAUUUGGUAGCAAAAAGGGUUCAGUUGCUUCUAUUGAUUACCAGAUGCUAGUGAUUGCCACAAAUAAUUUCGACGAAGGGAAAUUGUUAGGAGAAGGCGGAUUAGGCCGCGUGUAUAAGGCUUGUUUUAGUGAUAAUUUUGAAGCAGCAGUUAAGAAAAUAUGUGCUGAUUGGCAAGAAGCUCAAAGACAGUAUGAGAAUGAGGUCCAAAUACUGAGUAAAAUUCAGCAUCAGAAUAUAGUUUCUCUAUUAGGAUAUUGCGUGCAUGAACAACAACGGUUCUUGAUUUAUGAAAUGAUGGAGGGUGGCUCGCUGGAUUUAAUUUUGCACGCACCUUCUCGUAGAUCGACAUUGACGUGGCCACUUAGAAUGAAAAUUGCUCUUGAUGUUGCAAGAGGAUUAGAGCACCUGCAUGAGCAUUGUGACCCGCCCGUGAUUCAUAGAGAUCUCAAGUCAUCUAAUAUUCUUCUCGACUCCAACUUCAAUGCCAAGAUUUCAGAUUUUGGCCUUGCGAUCACUGAAGGGAACUCAAUCAAGACGAACAUUAAGCUCACGGGAACAUUGGGUUAUGUAGCCCCAGAGUACCUAUUAGAUGGUAAACUUACUGACAAAAGUGACGUAUAUGCCUUUGGUGUGAUUCUUUUGGAGCUUUUGAUGGGAAGACGGCCUGUGGAGAAAGUAGAAUCACAAUGUCAAUCUAUAGUUACCUGGGCGACCCCUCAGCUCAUGGACAAAUCAAAGCUUCCGGACAUUGUCGACCAAUCCAUCAAAGACACUAUUGAUUUGAAACAUUUAUAUCAAGUGGCUGCUAUAGCAGUGCUAUGUGUACAACCAGAGGCAAGUUACAGACCACUUAUAGCAGACGUUUUGCACUCGUUCAUACCCCUUGUGCCUGUCCAAUUUGGUGGAUCUCUCAAAGGUUGAUGUAUUUCUGUUCGUAGCUUCAAUUUGUUUUCACUCGUAAAAUGUUUUGGUAUUAAGAGAACUAGUUGAAGAAGCAUAUUUUAUACGAAACCACAUUACAGAUUGAUAGAAAAUUAAGGUGUUGAUUUUGCUCAUACUUGUAAAUUUUACAGUUUCACAUACAAAAAAAGGUUUUGUUUUUGGGUCAUGUUUAUUCGUUGCACUGUAUUUGAGCUUGAUUGUGUGUUGUUGGUGUUUGUGUUUCUGA